AUGAAGAUAUCAAUAGAGAUCGAGCUGGAGGCGAACGAGGUUGAUCUGGCAACAGAGCUGCUGAACACCCUGCGGGAUGGAAGCCAGGCAGGUUCUGUGAAGAGCGCGCAGCCUUCUCCGGUGAAGCUGAAUCGCCCGAAGACGCCGCCCCCAGGCAUGCCUUUUCCUGGCCUGCCACAUCCAGCCACCACUGUGCCAGCAGCAUCCGUCCCAAUCACUCCAGCACCCACUUCCUCAUCUGGCUCAGUCACACCGCAGACAGCAGCGUCGCAAGCACCCACUCCCCACCAGCCAGCUCUGUCAUCCACUCAGGCACCGUUGCCAACUCCAGUGGCCAACAGCAUGCAGCAGCAGCAGCAGCAGCAGCCGCCACAGGCACAGCCGCUGCAGCGAGAGAUGGUUGUCAAUGCUCUGAAGAAGCACAUGAUGCAGCUGGAUUGCAGCCAGGACGGGUAUGCUGAGAAAUUCGAAUCGGUGUCAAGUGAUCUAAACAGGAUCUUGGAGCAGAGCGGCACACCGCAGCAGAUGUUUGAGUACUUCACUGAAGCCUUCAUGAGCAUCAUCUUUGAUGAUGAAAUGGUCGCCAAUGGGAAGUCCGUUGUGCUGAGGCACCUGACCCUUCCACGACCUGUGAACUGCAAUCGGGCAGAGUUCUUCGGACAAGCCGAGGCAUUUGCAUGCCUAGUUACCUUGGAGUUUGUGACAGUCCCAGGCGCUGUGCAGACGCUGUGCUCGCUGAUGAAAGACGAGAAGAAGCGCUGCGCGGCAGUGACCAUGCUGGGCAAGACGGCAGAGCACUGUGCAGAGCAGCUGAAGCAGAACUGCCCAAGCGAGUUCCUGGAGAAACUGAAGCAGCAGAUGGAGGCGCUGGAGCCAGAGUUUGACUAUGACAAGGACUACAUCAACGAGUGCAUGGGCUGGACUCCAUUACACUCGCAGAAUGGCAGUGCCCCUUCAAGCGCCAAUGGCCAUGCAGGCGCAAAGCCGCGGUUGACUGCAGCCGGCUCUUUUGUGGGCCACGCCGAUGGCGUCUUUUCUCUGGCAUGGGAUGCAACUAAUCAGCAGCUGGUCAGCAGCUGCAAGGACGGCAGCUUCAUCCUGUGGGACACCCAGGGCCACCAGCUCCAGCGGCUGUCGGCGGCGCCCGGGUAUGCGUACAACGGUCUGGCGUGGGCGGCGGAGCAGGGCCACCUGGCGGCGGUGGGGCUGCACCGUGACGCGACGCCCUGCAUCGACGUGUACCGCUCAGGGCGCGGCAGCCUCGAGCUCUGCGCGCGCCUCAUGCGCUCCCCGGCCUCCCUCCUCUCCUCCGUCGCCGUCCUGCCCGGCACCUCCGAGUUCGCCACCGGCGAGCGCAUGGGCGAUUCCGGCAUAGUGUCCCUGUACGACUUCAACUCCCUGCCGCAGAAUGGCGAAGCCCAGCCUACAACCACCCUGAAGGGCACCCAGGACCUGGUGACUGUUGUGGCACCUCUGGGGGCGGUCCCUGUGCUGCUGUCAGGCGCCAAGGACGGCACGAUCGCGGUGUGGGAUGUGCGCCAGCGCACUGUCGCCAUGACCCUGGUCGGCUCCACUCACAGCUCGCAUGAGGACAGCACUGCCAUGGUGACGACAAUAGACUCUCGGGAGACCACUGUGGUGGCUGGCUGCCUGGACACCUACAUCUCCAAGUGGGAUCUGAGGUCGGCGAGGGAUGGCAUGAAUGCGCCGAUGGCGUCGGUGAGCAUGGACAACAGCGCGGUUCUGCGCGUCGCUCUGGGGGCGACCCCCGGCUGGGCCGCGAUCUCCACCAUCGACGGCCUCUACUACACCGACCCCUUUGACUCCUCCCUCCAGCCCGAGAACAUGCGCGCGGGCGUCAGCACGGUGCAGCACUAUGCAGAUGUGAAGUGGGGCACGGGCGAGCUGGUCCUGUACGCAGGCUCUGACCAGGGCAUGAUCGAUGUCUACACCGUCUCUUGA